AUGAAAAAUCUAACGAGUUGUUCAAGUACUAAUGUUAAUCCAACAAUUAAAUAUCCACCACCGGAAAGACGUGUAUCUUUAACAAAAUCAUAUAGUUGUUCAGAUACAAUAUCUUCAAAUAUAAAUGGACAUUGUUCAUUUAUAACACCAAGACAAUUUGUUGAAUUAAUUUCAGAAAAUUCAAAUACACAUGAACAUAUAUCUUAUCCUAUAAUUGAUUGUCGUUCUCAAAUAGAUUUCGGUUGUGAACGUAUACGUUCAUCAUAUAAUAUUAAUUGUCGAGCAAAAAUCAUGGCAAGAAAAUUACUAACAAAACGUUUAGAAGAUGUCGAACCAAAUUUAACAUCAUCAUUAAGUAAUUCUGAUAUUGUUAUUCUUUAUGAUCAAUCAACAGAUGAACGAGCUGAAGAAAAACUACGUUCAUUACCAAUAAAUCUUGUUAUACAAGCAGCAAAAAAAUCAAAUAAAAUAGUACAUAUUAUUCAAGGUGGUUUUGAUGCAGUUAAAAAUCAAUAUCCACAUUUAAUUGAAUAUGCUAGUGAAACAAUAUCAAAAGAGAAACAUGAACAAGAUCGUUUACCAUCUACUCCGGAGACAGUAGAUAAAGAAAACUUUACUAUGACUCAAAUUUUACCUCAUAUAUUUGUAGGUAAUAUAAAUGAUGCUCAAAAUAUUGAUCGUUUAAAUCAAAAUGGUAUUACACAUAUUGUAAAUUCAACACCAGAUUUACCAUUUUUCUGGGAAAAAAAAUGUCAAUAUAUGCGAGUUGAUGUACUUGAUAUACCAUCUGAAAAUAUUCGAAAACAUUUUGAUAAAACUUUUCAAUUUAUUGAUGAAGCGCUGCAUAAAAAAACUAACAGUGUUCUUGUUCAUUGUUCGGCUGGUAUUAGUCGUAGUCCAACAUUGGUACUUGCUUAUAUGAUUAAAAAGCAUCAUAUGACAUUAGACGAAGCAUUUAAUAAAAUGCGCCAAUUACGGCAAAUAGUUGAUCCUAAUAUUAGUUUUAUUGUACAACUACGAGAUUGGGAAAAACUACAUCAAACGACAACAAUAACAACAACAACAACUAUUGAAGCAACUGAUGACAAUAAUAAUAUGACCUGUACUGCGACGAGGUCGUCAGCAUCAAGUAGUAUAUAUUGUGGUUCAACUUCAAAAAGUAAAACAGAUAAAAAACCACGUACAGAAUCAGCUAUUAUUGUUAACUAG